AUGUCUUUCAUCAGGUCCACCGUCCUCCGCGCAUCCUCUGUCGCACGCGCCGCUCGCCCGGCCGUCCGCGUUGCCCAGCCUCUUCGCCAGAGCAUUCAGCGCAGGACAUAUGCCAGCGGCCACAGCCACAGCGAAGCCAAGAGCAGCGACGUCCCAUGGAUGGCCGCAGCUGUUGCUUCGACUGUCGGUGGUCUCUACAUCAUCUUGAACCAGGACCUAAGCCACGGCGGUCACGACGACCACGCCGAGAAGCACGAGGAGGCCGAGGAGGAGGCGCCCAAGGACGAGUCUACUGACCAGACCAACGUUGAGGCUCCCAAGGAGGAGAAGUCCGACGCCAACGCCAAGGACUCGAGCAAGGACGAGUCUGAGAAGACCGACGGCCAGGAGGAGGGCAAGCACUCCGAGUCUCGCGAGAAGGCUGCUGAGGGCAAGAAGGCGGAGCACAAGGAGGCCAAGGCACAGGCCAGCCAGGAGAAGCAGGACGACGAGGCCGUCGCUUCCCCCGACAAGUCUGACAAGCCCGACCCCCGCAAGGAGCCCAAGAGCUUCAACGAGACCUCCGGCAAGCAGCAGGGCAUGUCUAACGACGAUACCCACCACACGUCGCAGAUCUCCAAGCACCCCGAGAAGUCCAAGAAGGGCGAGGGUGUUGCUGAGACCGCUAAGCUCAAGGGCACCGUCUCCACUGACCGACCUGGUGCUGAGAACAAGGAGGAGCGCGGCAAGACCUCCAUGGACAAGGACGCAUAA